AUGAAACCCGUUGAGGUCGAGGACCCCGUACACCGAUUUGGGAGGACCACCAGUGGACCUGCGGUCCACUUUCCGGCGCGUGCGCGCCCCUUGCGCGCGACGACGAUCUGGGAAGCAUUCGAGCUUGACAAAAAGCGCAUAGCGACGGGCAAGCGUGUGGUCAUCAAGGAGGCCUGGCGGCAAUUUGUGCGGCCAUCGGAGAUAGACUUCUAUCUGACAGUUCAGGAGGCUAUAGAGGAGGUGGAGGAAGGUGUGGUAUUAUCGCAAUGCGGGAUUGCCGACCUCGAGUACGGUGAUGAUCUGGGCUUGCGCGAGGCGAAGGACCUCGAUAAAGACGCCAUUACGCCAUCCGAAGACGACGAGUAUACUGGUGACUUCCCGAGGCUGAAGGUGCCUUGCUCGUGGGUGCUCGGACACCGGACUAUCAGUGCCGGUCGUCGGGCCAAAGGCAUCGAAACGGACGAGCGAGCUCAGAUGCGGCUGGUUUUCAAUACCGUCGGAAGGCAAAUUACUGAUUUCGACUCGACGUACGAGGUGGUUAGUGCUCUGCGUGACGCAAUUGAAGGGCAUCGGCGAGCGUACGAGGCUGGAGUCCUUCACCGGGAUGUCAGUCGUGGCAACAUCAUGAUGGGCAGGAGACCCGAUGGAACCUCCUUUGGCUUUCUUCAUGACUUCGACUACGCAUCCAACUGGAAGGUGUUCUUGGCGAGCAAGAACAUCCUGGCCGGUUUGGUACAGUGGGAACAGUACGCUCGGAAGGAAUAUGGACUCGACUGGCGGGAGCGGGUGAAAGGGUGGUCCGACAAUGAUGAUGGACCCGGCGACGAGCUACUAACGGCCUUGGAUCACUCGGACUUUGAGGAUAGUCAACCCUCGUCCAGCGAUUCAAGUGACGACCCAGUUCAAAGCACACCGAACAACUCGACCGGCCAACGCGAGCAACCCAACACUAAGCAGUCGAAGUUUGAUCAUAAGCAACGCACGGGAACGUUAUAUUUCAUGGCCGUUGAGGUACUCGAUGAGAACUUCAGCGUCACGCAUGAAGCUCGGCACGACCUUGAAUCCUUCUACUGGCUGUUGGUGUGGAUAGUCCUCCGUCAUACAGCAUACCAUCACAUUAACGGUGACCGUGCGUGGCACGCACUCUUUGAUGCGCCGACAAUCGAAAUCUGCCGGGGGCUCAAGAUACAGUGGCUGGUCAAUCCAUCGCGGCCUCUCGAGUUUAAGAAAAAUCCGAAUCUCACGUGGCUAUUGGAGCAGUUCCGAAACCGCUGCCAGACGAACUAUGAUAAUGUUAACCUGGAAAACACCUGCAUGACGCAUAAACAGGUUCUCGAUCUCUUCGAUCGCGCAUUGAAGAAUCGGCGUGCUUGGCCGAAGAACGACCGCGCAAAAGCAUGGACCCCGCCCAAAGGCAGAGCGGACGAACCAGACGCUAUGAGGAAGCGGUCAGGGCAGCUUCGCACGAAGGGAACCCUCACCUAUACGUCUCAGGGCGCGGGGCGCAGCGCAUCCGAGCGUGCUGCACAGCGUCGAGCAGAGAAGCGCCCAGCGGCCCCUUCCCCUACUCCUUCCGACUCGGACGCCCAAUCUGACGGACAGGCGGGCGGCAUUUCCUUGCCUGAUGCCAACGUGCCGAACGUAGGUGCUUCCAAACGUGGAGCGGCAUCAGGUGCAGUUCGAGGCAAGCGACGGCCUGCUGCUCUACAUACCUUGACUACGUCGCCCCAUACAUCAGGAGGCCACGAAGUCCCGCCUUCGACCAACAGCAACUUGGUGCAGAAGCAUCCGCGCUAUAAUCUGCGCUCGGCGAAGACGAAGGACACGUUCUGGCCGCUCGCAGACCCAGUCUUCAAGCCGUCCUGCUACCGAGCAAGAUGUGAGGCCGAAGAGGGGAGUAGCGCAACGAAGCGGACGCAGGACGCGCAGCCAGCCUCGGGCGGACCAAAGCUCACGCAGGUCCCAGGUUAG